AUGCAACUUAAACAUCAAGACGGGACAGGCGGCGUCGCCACGCCCGCCGCGCCCAAACCCGUCUCUCUUGGUUCCAUCUCUGGACUUAGCUACGUCAACAGCCAGCUGCUCGUCCAACAGACUGCCUACAAGCUCUCCGACAAGAUAUUCUCCCUCUCCCCCGAGACUUUUGACUUGGACCUGGCUGUCAAAGACUGGUCCCUCACUGGAGAGAAGAACAUCCACGGCGAAGCCACAGCUGUUGUAUCGCUCCAGACGAGGGCCGGCGCCGGCGCCUUUGCCCUGGGCUACAUCUUCUCCAAGGAUUUUGACCUUAGCAAGCGGCAUAUCCCCCAGUCUCUUCUGGCCCCGUCGUUGAGCCUGCGGCAUUUGCGCUCCUCCCUUGACCAGCUUUCUCUUCUCUACGGAGUGGCCAGCCCCUUUGUUGCUCACAUCGCUGCUGCCGACUACUCUGCCAACGAUGGCCUGGUCACGGACUACGAGAGCGCGCUUCAGAUUGCCGAGGACCUCGGGCUUGGUCUGGUUUCCAGCUCGUCUGCCUACGAAAUUCAGCACAUGUCCAUCUUCGCGACCCUACUGGCCACACUGCUGCCUACGAUCCACAUCUAUGACGGUCUCCGAACUGCAAGGGAGACGUUGAGAGUGGUGGACGCGCUCGGCGAGGAGUCUAUUGCUGGCCUAUACGAGAAGAUUGCCAAAGUGGCUGGGUUGCUGAACAAGAGAUUGGAUACCGCUGGGAAGGUUGUUGAGCUUCUGCGCGCUUUCAACGACGAGCUAGGCACUCAAUAUGCUCCUUUUGAGUAUUCUGGCCACGAGGCGCCAGAUACGGUGGUCGUGGUGUUUGGCAGCGCCGAGUCACAGCUUGCAAAGCAGGUUGUGGACACGCUUGCGGCUGAGGGCAAGAAGGCUGGCUCGCUCAACGUCCGGGUCUACCGACCAUUCAUUGAGGAGGCCUUCCUCGAGGCCCUGCCUGAGUCGGUCCAGCAGAUUGCGGUUCUGGGUCAGGUCCGCGACGCUGUUUCCGUCGGCGAUGCCUCUGUUCAGUCUGCUCUGUAUUCGGACGUCCUCGCGGCCGUCUCUUUCUCCGACAGAUGGUCGCAGGAGCCAGUGGUUGUCGACGUUAAAUACCCGGCCUCAGCCCUUCACACCCCCAGCUCCAUUGCCUCGAUCCUUCACGGGCUCGGUGCUAAGCAUGUCCAGAACGAGGUUUCCUUUGGCUUGAAUUCGCUGGAUCAAGUGCAGCAAUACAGCUUCUGGGACGUGGACAACUCCACCGCAGUUGAGUCUCCUUCGAUUCUUGGAAAACUCCUCGGUCACGUGUCUACGAACAAUGUCUACGUGCACAAGGUCUACGACAAUCUCCUCCAGGGGGGUAUCGUUCGCACUGAUAUCAGGAGUUCGAAGAAGCCGAUUCAGGCUCCUUUUGCCGUUGAAGACGCGGAUGUAGUCUUCAUCGGAGAAGAGAGGCUGCUCAAGGAGAUUGCCAUCGUCAAGGGGGCCAAGCCAGGGGGUAAGCUCGUACUUAACCUGCCAAACUUCAAGGAGGAGGACCUGGAAAAGCGGAUCCCCGCCGCAGCGAGAAAAGAGAUGCUCGAGAAGGGAUUGCGCCUCUUUGUGCUGGAUUCGGCUUAUUCCCCUGCUGUGGAGAAGGAGGCUCAGCUUCUCGUCGAGCUUGCGUUCCUUCAAGUCGCAGCCCCGGAGAUCACCGUGGAUCAGCUAGCCAAGCUGCCUUGGGUCUCGCGGGAUCAGGUGACGCUCGUCGAGUGCGCUGAUGCGCUUGCGCAGUCGUUCCGCAGCGUUGAGGCGCCUGCAGCGUGGGCCGAUGUUUCCGCCGACGAUACCGCGACCGCUGCUGUUCAGGGAGCCGUAUGCAACAGCUUUGUUCCGUUCCAAAAGGAAGAGCCGGAACAGGUUUUGAAGCUCAAUGACUGGCAAUCGGCUGCCAAGGGCCUCGUUUUCAAGGAGGCUUAUGGCACUCAGGACGACCUCCGGCCCGACCUCACCGUCAAGACGUUCACCAUUCGCGUCAAGGAGAACCGCAGACUGACCCCCGACGCGUACGACCGCAACAUUUUCCACAUCGAAUUCGAUCUUGGGGAUUCAGGCCUGACGUACAACAUUGGUGAAGCGCUUGGAAUUCACGCCGACAAUGAUCCGAAGCAGGUGCUGGAGUUCAUCCAGUUGUACGGCCUCAAUGCCGACGAUCUCGUGCAGGUGCCUUCGCGCGAAGAUCCCGCCGUGUUGGAGACUAGGACUGUCUAUCAGUCAUUGAUCCAAAACAUUGACAUCCUCGGCAAGCCGCCCAAGCGCUUCUUCGAGUCCCUCGCCGAGUUUGCUACGGAUGAGAAGGAGAAGGCUAAGCUGGAGUUCUUGGGAGGCAAGGACGGGGCUGAAGAAUUCAAGCGUCUGUCGGAGGUCGAAACCAUCACAUAUGUGGAUGUGCUUGAGCUGUUCCAGUCGGCUCGUCCCGAUUUCCACGACCUUGCUCGGAUCGUGUCUCCGCUGAAGCGUCGCGAGUACAGCAUUGCCUCAGCGCAGGCAGUGACUCCGACGUCGGUUGCACUCAUGAUUGUUGUUGUCAACUGGGUCGACACCAAGGGCCGCACCCGCUACGGCCAGGCAACUCGCUACCUCUCGGGGAUUGCUCCAGGCACGACGGUGACAGCUUCGGUCAAGCCUUCGGUCAUGAAGCUCCCGACCAAGGACACGGCGCCGCUGAUCAUGGCAGGUCUCGGAACUGGUCUCGCCCCCUUCCGCGCCUUUGUACAGUACAGAGCCAUGCAGAAGGCACAGGGCAAGGAGAUUGGGUCCAUCCUACUGUACAUGGGCAGUCGUCACAAGCGUGAGGAGUACCUGUACGGUGAAGAGUGGGAAGCAUACGUGGAUGCGGGAGUCAUUACGCUCUUGGGGGCCGCCUUCUCGCGCGACCAGCCGCAGAAGAUUUACAUCCAGGACCGCAUGCGCCAGACAAUCCAGGACGUGGUGAAGGCGUACAUCCAGGACGAGGGCUCUUUCUACCUGUGUGGACCUACGUGGCCAGUACCCGAUGUCACGGCGGUGCUGGAGGAAGCCAUUGCGGCCGAGGCCAAGCUCAGCAGCCGCAAGGUUGAUCCCAGCAAGGAGAUUGAGCGGCUCAAGGAGGACGGGAGAUAUGUCCUCGAGUGGACGGCCGUUCCUUCCGCGAGGCAUUCACCCAGGGGUAGAGCUCGUAGCUUCCAAGGAAAGACCACAGGGCUUAAUAUAAACAACUUGAACUUUGAACUCAAAAUGGGAGGAGUGAUCCGAGUUGUGCCCAGUCCGUUCGCCGACCGCACCAUGUCGCGGCGCAGCUACGCGACGCCCCAGCAAGACCCGGCCCAGCUCAAAGAAUAUGCCUUUGAGAUGGCCGCCUCGUCGGUCCGCUUCGGUCCCGGGGCCACCCAGGAGGUGGGAAUGGACCUGACCAACAUGCGUGCCAAGCGUGUCUGCGUCGUCACGGACGAGACGGUCGACAAGCUGGACGCCAUGGCUCAGGUGCGCGACGCCCUCAUCCGCGAAGGCCUCGACUUCAGGGUCUUCAACAAGACCAAGGUCGAGCCCAAGGACUACUCCAUCAAGGAGGCCAUCGCGUGGGCCAAGCCUUACGACCCAGACGUUUUUCUCGCCGUGGGCGGCGGGUCCGUCAUUGACACGGCAAAGCUCAUGAACCUGUAUACAUGCUACCCCGAGGCAGACUUCAUGGACUUUGUCAAUGCGCCCCUGGGCAAGGGUCUGCCUAUUGACCGCAAGAUGCGGCCCUUGAUCGCCAUCCCGACUACGGCAGGCACGGGCAGCGAGACGACGGGCACGGCCAUAUUCGACCUCGCGUCGAGGCGGACCAAGACGGGCAUCGCCCACCGCAACCUCAAGCCCACGCUGGGAAUCUGCGACCCGCUCAACACGCGCACUAUGCCGUCGGCCGUCAAGGCGAGCUCGGGCUUGGAUGUCCUGUGCCACUCGCUCGAGUCGUGGACAGCCAUCCCCUUCAACGAGCGUGUACCGCGGCCCGCGAACCCGCUCCUGCGUCCAGCGUACCAGGGUGCCAACCCCAUCAGCGACAUAUUCUCCCUCAGCGCCCUGCGGGCUACCGUCAAGUAUCUCCCGCGCUCUGUUAGGGACCCGGACGACAUGGAGGCGCAGAGCGAGAUGCUGCUCGCGGCGACCCUCGCCGGGGUGGGUUUCGGCAAUGCCGGUGUCCAUCUCUGCCACGGUAUGUCGUAUCCUAUAUCGGGUCAGAAUCCGGGAUAUAAGCAUGUCGGGUACGAGGUAUCGUCGCCCAUCAUCCCGCACGGAGUCUCGGUGGCGGUGACUGCGCCUGCUGUGUUUCGUUUUACGGGGCCGUCGAACCCAGAGCGCCACCUCGCGGCUGCUGAGGCGUUCGGGGUUGACAUUUCAAACGUGAAGAGAGAGAGCGCCGGUGAGGUUCUUGCUGAGGCCCUCGAAAGGUUCCUCUCCGAUCUCGGCGAUCAGCCGGCAGGUCUGAAGGCGCUCGGGUUCGGGAGUCAGCAUAUUGAGGAGCUGGUCGAAGGAACGAUUCCCCAGGCCAGGGUAUUGAUGCUAGCGCCCGGCCUGGCCAAGGAGCUCGAACAGGAAAGAGACCAGCUCCGGAAGCUGUUUGAGGACUCGAUGGAGUACUAA